ACGCACGUGUCUACAGCUAGACUUCUCCGUAAACCCGCGGCUUUCUGUUCAGUUCCUGUUUAUUCCACGUGGUUCGUUUGGGUUUGAGUGCAGAGGUGAAAGUUCAGUCUUUGGGAAAGAUGGUGGAACAGGGAGAGAUCCGCGUGGUUCGGUGCGGUGGCAGUACAAUCAAUUACAGAAAAGCUAUUUUCACUUUAGAUUCAAAGUACCUCCUUUGUACCUCGGGGGACAUGGUGAAGGUUUACAGCACAGCCACUGAAGAAUGUGUGCAUGUCUUGCAGGGCCACACAAACCUGGUUACAGGCAUCGCCUUGAAUCCCACAAACCAUUUACAGGUCUAUUCUUGCUCUAUGGAUGGCACUAUUAAACUGUGGGACUUCACAGAUAACAUUCUGAUUAAGACGUUCACGGUUGGCUACAAACUGUUAGCCCUGUACACCUCUAAAGCCCACGAAGGAUGUGUCUUUGUCAUAAUCCCCAAAGAGAAUGAUGAAGCUUUAGAUUCUUUCCAGCUGGUUGCUGUUAGGCUUCCCAAAUCAUCGGACCAAGAGGUUGCAGCUACAGAACUGUCGUUUGUGUUGAAUGAUGUCAGCCAAUUGCCAAAGUGUACUUCAUAUGGCAGAGAGGGUGAAUUUGUAGCUUCAGUGAAAGGCCUUCAUCUCACUGUGUAUUUCUUCAGAAAUCAAAAGACUUACAGGUUAUCUUUGAAUGCCACUCCCAAGAAGGGGGCUAAUAACAUAUUUACUUGUGUCGCAUGCCACCCGAAGGAGGACUGUAUCGCCACAGGCCAUGAAGAUGGAAAAAUACGUCUUUGGAGAAACUUUAAUCGCAAAAAGGAAUACACACACUCUACACACCACUGGCAUCAUAGUGCAGUAAAUGAUUUGUCCUUUACACCAGAAGGUACCAACCUAUUGAGUGGUGGGAUUGAGUCAGUGUUGGUCCAGUGGCGGUAUGGAGAAGAGACAAAAAAAGAUUUCCUGCCUCGUCUGGGAGCUGCUAUAGCACACAUCUCUACUUCCCCUGAAGGCUCUCUCUAUUGUACAUCCCACAGUGAUAACAAGAUCACUAUUAUCCAAAGCAAUCUCAGAGUCUCUGCAGUUAUCCAAGGGUUAGUAAAAGGUGAUAACAUAAAAACAGAUUUGAUGAUCGACCCAAGAACAAAAGCUCUGGUGCUGAAUGGGAAACCAGGACAUUUGCAGUUUUAUUCCCUUCAGCAUGACAAGCAGCUGUAUAACCUAGAUAUAGUACAACAGGAGUACAUCAACCAGUCUGGCCUGCACCAGUUUGAUGUUGUGAAAGCUGCAUUUGAUGCUCAAGGAUCUUGGUUAGCAACUGUAGAAGAGAGGAAAGAGAAACUAGCUGACCUGGAGAUACAGUUGAAAAUAUGGGUGUACAAGGAUGAAAUGCAGAGCUUUGUUCUGAACACCACCAUAACAUCCCCACAUGAGGACCAUAUCACAGCACUGUGCUUUUGCAACACCAAUGAAACAACAAUGCUAGUAACCACUGGAAGAGAUGGCCGGUUUAAAGCCUGGGUCUUGGGGGAUGAUUCAGACAUAUAUCGUGAGAGUGUAUGCUGGAGCUGUGACUUUGUUGGCACCUAUCACAAUCUCCUUGCCACAAACUGCUGCUUCUCUGAAGAUGGCUCCCUGUUAGCAGUGGGAUUCGAGCAGAUUAUAACCAUUUGGAACCCCAACACCUGGGAUCUUGUGUGCACAUUCUGCCAGCCUCCUGGGAAAAUAAAGGACCUUUGUUUCGGGAGGCUAAGCUGUUCUAAGUACCUCCUCGGUACCACUACGAAUAGCUUUCUCUGUUGCUGGAACCUGCUAACUUGUACAUUGGAAUGGAGCGUUGGGUUAAAUGUCAUCCUGCUGCAGCUUGACCCCCUGUCUGAAAAUGUUGCUGCGUUCUCGUGUGCUGCUGAGAAUUCCGACCUGUUUGUUUUCAGGCCCAAUGAGCCCAGGCCUGUCUACUUGCAGAAGAAUAUUUGCCAAGGCAGCGUGCAGCGAGCGGUGUUCACACCCCGGGAUGUGCCAGAGGAGAACUGCUCUGAGAGCAGCCAGUGGCUGAACAGAUCGCAGCUCUACUUCCUGACUAGAGACAUGGAUUUAAUGACAUUCAGUACAAAGACAGAAGAAGACAGGCUUACAUCUUCAAGCAAGCAGCUUUUAAUAGAAGAGAACGUCCCUGUAACUCCAUUCUACUUGCUGUUGGGAAAACACAGACAGGCAAAGCUGGAUGCAGAAAAUGGGACUCUUGCAGCCCAGGUUCAGUUACCACAGGGAUCUGUUGCAAUUAAAGAGUUGCUUCAGACCCCGGCUCAUGUUCUACCCUCAGCUACUUUCCUGUGCACAAUGUUUGUGAAUUCUCUCCUAAUAUCCAAGGACGGCAAGAGUGAGGUCCCAGAGGAGGCUGAGGAGGAAAUGGAGAGUGAGAAAGAGGAAGAUGAAACUUCUGAUCAGGAAAUGGAUUCUCAACACAAAGUGAAGCCAGAGUACUUUGUUGAAGAACUGGUGCCAAAGCUGUCUAAAAAGGAAGAAAGGGACCUGAAGAGAGUGAGAAAAACAGAUUACAGCUGGCUCUGCCCAUUUUAUGGCAAGCUCCCAUGAGAACCAUACCAUGGUUAAAUACAUCAUUCUUCAAAUGAAAGAUCACGCAAUAAAGUAUUUAUCAUCUUUCUGGAAAAGUUAUCUGUUUUGCUUUUUGGUCAUGUAAUUAGUAACUUUGUUUAAAAAGGAUAUCUGCAUUAUGUUGUUACUGUAAUAAAAUGGCAGAAACAUA